CGCGGCAGUCGCUCAGCAGCUCGCUCUACCUCGCAGUCCCCGCGUUCGCGGAAUGAUAUUCCAAUAUGGCAACCGUAGUAACGUCUGCACGAGUCGGUGUGUCGGAAAUGUUUUGAUUCCGUUGACAAAUCGCGACGGCCGGUCGACGUAUCGCACAUAGGGAGGUGCCUGGUGCAUGGUGACCGGUCACACAAAGUAGUGCAUCACUGUAUUAUUAAAUUAAACAUUAAUUUAGAUAGGUUUUUAGAAAAUUGACGAGAAUAUUGUGGAGGUAAAGGAAAAGCGUGGGAGGAUACUAAGGAUUCACGGAGCUGCAUUGAGAGGCUGUGAGCCAACAUGGGCAAACAGAACAGCAAACUCAAGCCUGAAGUGCUUGAGGAUCUGAAACAGAAUACGGAAUUUUCUGACGCAGAAAUUCAGGAAUGGUACAAAGGAUUCCUAAAAGACUGCCCGAGUGGGCACCUCAGCGUCGAGGAAUUCAAAAAAAUCUACGGAAAUUUUUUCCCCUACGGUGAUGCGUCCAAGUUCGCAGAACACGUCUUCAGGACGUUCGAUGCAAAUGGCGAUGGGACGAUUGACUUCCGGGAGUUCCUAUGCGCACUGAGUGUCACAUCCCGGGGUAAAUUGGAACAGAAAUUGAAGUGGGCCUUUAGUAUGUACGAUCUCGAUGGCAAUGGAUACAUUUCACGCCAGGAAAUGUUGGAGAUUGUCACGGCAAUUUACAAAAUGGUGGGUACAGUAAUGAAAAUGCCGGAGGACGAGUCUACCCCGGAAAAGAGAACAGACAAAAUAUUCCGGCAAAUGGACAAAAAUAAAGACGGUAAACUGUCCCUGGAGGAGUUCAUUGAGGGUGCUAAGAGCGAUCCGUCAAUAGUGCGACUGUUGCAGUGCGACCCAAGCGCACAGGCUCAGUGAAUGUCUGGGCGAAAAGUAUGACGUUUGAACGCUAAUAGCGACCCAAAAACAACUCGGGGCCCAGUCCAAUAAAUUACCCCUCACGCGAGAUUUCCCAAUUCGAUGUCGACAGGCUGGAGUCAAGUGAACGUUCUUGUAACGCUCCACGAGUCCGUGCUCAUGUAAAUCACAAUUAUCGACUCCUGCAGCGUCGAGAACAAGAGUUAGAUGUUCAGAUUCAAUUACAAUAUCGUGGUGUUAAAAGUGAUACGAGAUAUUCACCGAAAAUGGUAAGAUACCUUUUAUUUUUAAUGAAAUUCGGUCGUCGUUCCUCGGAACCCAAAAAUUUUAAGCGAUUCAUGAACUUUACGCGAACGUGAGAAUCCCAGAUUCGGAAAUUCUCUAGACUAUUUUUAUCAUAAUGUAAUCCCGCAAUUUUAAUUCGCCCUCGUGUCCAAUCGAAAGCCAAAUUUAAAUAUUCCCAAAAAAUGACGGAAUAUGACCUUUUUUUAAAUGAAAUUCGAACGUCACUCGUUCGAGCGCAAAUUUCUAUAGCAAUUCGUGACAUGCAAUUCGCUUGACCAAUGGAAUUGCAAUCUUUUCCCGCCAAAUUCAGUGCCCUUUUGAUACCAUUCUGGUGAAUACAAUAUUUGUCGUUUUGCCACUCGAUAUUAAACUCUACGUCAAUAAUAUUGUAAGUCUCCUGCAUGAUGAUGAUCGAUUAUUGGGAAAUGAAUUGUUUUAAUUUUUUAUUAAGCGAGGAUUAAAAUGUUUAUUGAACCGGGACCCGAGAGGCUCCAGGCUCACUGGGCCCAGCGCGCUUGCGCAGACCGCAAACUAGUCCGCAAGGCUAGUCCAGUUGCUCCGUCGCGUUUUAAUAAAAAUAAAAAAAAAAAUUUUAAGAGUGAAAAAAGCGAGGAAAACGAUGAGCAUAAAACGAUAGAAUUGCGAUAGUAGAGAUUUCUGUAUGAUGGUGUUUAUGAAGCUGAAUGGAAAUUUAAUUUUUAAUUUUUAAUGAUGAAUGGAAAAUUCCUGCCAAUGCACGUUUAUUAUCAUGCUCUGAGUAAACAUUAUGGAAGAGGGAUUGAGGAUUUAUUCAAAACAUUGAGGAUUAAAAGUUAAAUUGAAGCGUCGGGAGAUUUUAACGAUGAGUACACAUGCGAAUAAUGAUUGGAUUCAAGUGGGUUACGGAUUGACAAACAAAAGAGUCGGGUAAAUAUCGACAGGGGCCGAAGGGGUCAGGGAGGAUUUAAUACUCCACCAUGUUUGUUCUAAAUGAUUGGAUAAAAAUGGAGGAGGGAAAGGAUUCACUGGUGAAAUUGUGAGUAGUCAAUUUUUCUUUUCGGUGGAUAUGUCCAAGUCUGUGGGAAGUGCAUAUGUCUAGACGGAAAUUCGACAGAAUUUUUUUAGCAAUUUAAUUGGGGAAAACGCGAAUUUAUCCCCAGAAAUUUUGCCUUAAACAGCACUAGAAUUUCCGUCAGCUGACGGAUUCUGAUUUUUUCCAGUAAUCGUACCCGAAUUCGAUUGUAACGUGGUGAACAUUUCAGGCGGAUUUCUGAACCCAAGGAAUAACAAAAAUUUGGCUGUCCUUUUUAGACUUUGAGAUAUUCUCUCCUAAAUUUGUCUGGGUAAUUUCCCUCGGUGCAUCUGCCACAGACUCGGAAAUAUUAAAAAAUUCCUCAACCAUCGAAAAUUUGAAGUUGACGCUGAUCGUGAAGGAGUGAUCUACCUUUAAUGGCCAAUAUCCCGAGAUCGGCAGUAAAAUUUGAAUUUUUUUCUCAUUUUAGAGGCAUUUUUUUAAGCUUCAAAAUGAACUCUUAUUCAUCCAAAUCGCUGUGUUGGGUCGGGAGAUAUUGGACAUUGGAGAGGCAUCAUUUCUUUGACAUCAUUAUUGAAUUCCGUCGGGGUCUAUCUUCUCUGCAAACAUUCUCUCAAUUUUGACAUGAAGGGUCUGUCCACACUCCUGUCCUGGUUCAUAAUAUAUUUUCCCUCACGAAUCCUCGAUGAUCAUUCAAAAAAGCUCAAAGUUGUUGUUUUCUUUCUAUUCGUAAGUUAAGGCUUAUUUUAAUAAUCGAAGUGAAAAAACAUUUUCAGUUAGACUAGCCAUUUGGCAAACUCACGUUUAAGUUGACACUCACCUUAGUGAUGCUGUCAAACUAUUAAAGAUGUUAUAUGCACCACCCAUCCCGCAGUGGUCGGGCAAUUGUCCAAGAGUCCUUUUUAGAGAUUUAUUUUUCGUCGCUGAAUGAACGUGUCAUUAAAAUUUAAGUGUGUGAAACUCGGUGAUAAUAUAUGUGCGAAUGAUUAAUUGAUGAUGAAACUAACGAUUAUGAUGUUUCAACAACAGAUGGCUAGAGAUUAAUGAUUAUUGGAAUAAUGGGAAUUGGAUAAUCUAAGGCUACUGAAUGUUCUUCGAAAAAUGUGUUAUCAAGUCAUAAUUUAUGAUUAACCAUGUGGUUAUAAUAAUGUCUUUUAAUUAAUUGUUCAUUGUCGAUUGAAAGUUAAAUGGUAUAUUUAAAAAAAGCAAUCGUAUUUCAAUGAAAAGUCUGAGUGACAAGGAUGAAAUUAUCUCCAAAGAAGCAAAAUUUAACUUUUUGAACAAAUAUAAAUUUCUCUCUAGUGUCUCGUUCAACCUUCUACGAGGCUUUCUCUUGACUAAAAAUUUUACGUUGCACUUUCAAAUUCUUACAAAAGCUAUCUCUCGAAAUUAUAACGAAUAAAAAACAAAGCCCAGUUAUUCUCUGCUAAAAUUUAAGAUGUAAAUUCUCCUCGUCUUGCGCUCAUUAAUAUUAAGUCGUACUCACCUAUAUCCAGACUUUUAACCUAUCGAAGAAGAUAACUGAAGGGUCUUCAAUUAAUUGAACAAUGAAUAAACAGAGUAUUGAAUUAAUUUUAACAAUUGAAGAAAAUCAAAUGUGUAACUGAGGAUAAAUAAUUAUUUCCCGUUUCUCUCAGCUAAAUAAUCACUCAUUAAAAUUGAGCGAUGAUGUGGAAAAAAUUUGCCGGACAACUUCAUCACGCAAUCGCUCGUUAAUUAUAGAAGAAAAAAAACAAAACGAUUAACUAAACAUAAAUAUCGUGCAUGAUUUGAUACGACUCGAGCAUCGACAAAUUGCUAAUAUCGAAUAAGCUCCAUUGGAGAAAGAUUUAAAAAAACAAAUAUGAACAAAUCAAACGAUUUCUGGCCUUUUUGAUACGCACUUGUACAGAAAUGGGUCCGAGUUAUUGACGAAGGCUUGAAAUACCGCAGCUGGUGCGCACGAAUAUUCGGAGCAUUCAUUGCGGUUUAAUAAAGUAACAAAUUGUUGCUGUAGAAAAAAAACUAAAAUAAACAAAGUUUCCAUCUGAAGGCUCGUGACCACAAUUCCGAUACACACGAAUGUUUUGUGAAAUAGCCGAUGUCUAUUUACCCUGGUGGGCUGACACGUUAACGACUCCAGUAACAGAUUGAAAAUAUGUAAUUGAGCCCAACACUGGGGCUGUGGCGGGUGUGUGUCUGAUGAAAUGCAGAAAGGCGUUUGUCUUCUAAAUAACAAGUACGUGUUUUUCAGUGUAGAGCGGAUAAAUUAAUGCAGUCAUUAGUGACUUUUUCUCCUCAGGAAUUAAAGCAGAAAAAAAGUUAUAAGAUGAAUCAGUAAGAGAUUAUUUAUCAAGUUGGAGAAUACGCUUGAGUCAUAUGUUUAACUUGGACAGAGGUGACGAUGAUUGGAUAAGUUUUCUUGUGAACUCUCUGGAAUGUAGCGCUGGUAAUAGCCACACUGAUCCGUGAUUGAUUGCUCCAAUGCCGGGGGGCAGCCCUUCGAUUCGGCUGAAGGAGCAAGAAAAUUUGGCAAAAAAAAUGGGGGGGGGGGAGAAGGAAAAGAAAGUUAUAGGGACUUGAUGGUUGUGAUAAGUUGAGAGUCGUGGAGCACUCAUUUAUUUGUCAUUUUGAAUUGAUUGAGAUGGCUGAUUUGCCAGAUAAUCUGUGUUUUUCUUAAGACGGGAGUUGAAUCGGUGAAAUGUCACGAGAUAAAUCGAUCAGGUGGGGUUUUAGGGUGGUAACACACUUGUGACUUUUCAACUAUUCACUUCUUCAUUCAUCGAUUCUCUUUGCACACCUAAUGAGUGUCCAAUUCGGCGGAAAGGGGAUUGCAUUGAGAUGCCUUGGGAGUGGAGAGAUUUAUUCUCAGGAAAAAUUGGCGGAGAUGUCUGAUUAAGAGGUAAAAAAAUUAGAAGUGACUGUUUUUUAUACAGUCGUUGGUUUCGUGGAUAAGUCUAUGGUCUUCCCUGCUUGGCACCAAAUAUUGUCGAUGGUUUCGGAUGUUAUCUAAUUUUUUCAAUCCGGAAUGUCCUGAACAUUUUCAGAACACCCGUUAAUUUUUCGAGAAUCAUCAGAAUUAUUUUAUUAUUUAUGAUUUUAGGCCCCAAAAUAAUCCCUCUGAUGAAACCAUAGACAUAUCCAUGUAAAUUAAUUUGUUGUCUUUAUAAAAAUGGAAUAAAAUUAGCUGAAGGUGGAUAAGGGCGGUAAAUAUAAUUUCUAAGAAUGUAAAAAAUACGACCUUGCAUUUUUCAAUAUUUUUAAAAAUUAUUUACUUUUCCGAGAUUAUGCCAAACUCGUUUCAUUCCACUUUUAAAAAAGAACAAACUUCUCAAGCUGUUCAGAUUUUUCUCUCGUCGCAUUUCAGUAAUUUUAUCCAACUCCCGAGGCCACUUAACCCUCUCAUAAUGAAAUCACUGCAUUAUUAAAAAAUUGAAACUAACCAAAGAUAAAUGCGCUUAAUUAUAGGUGUCGCGAUUCAACGAAAAUUAACGAUUUCUUGAACUCGAUUAAAGCCAAGAUAUUCAUUACCUAUUGUUAACUAUUAAAACCUACGAGUGUUGAAACAAUGCUUUCUCUUACCACUUGAACGAACUUAUUCCCCUGAAGAGCCCCAUUAUGUUUUCUGGAAUAUACAAACAGUAAAAAAAAAAUCCAAAAUUACCCAUUUUCAUGCUCCAGUUCUCGAAUCCUCCCCUCAACACUACAGAUAUGUUUGAUGUACGUGCGAGUGCAGUUGUACGAGUGUACUCCAUAUGUAUCCAUGUGCGAUCAAAAAUGAAGAACAAAAAUCAUCGA